CUCAUGUAAAUGCAGAUGUCUGCAUGUGGUGGUCUUUGCAGGACAUCUCUGAAGUACCUUACUGAGAUGCUAAUGGUAACUCUGAUGUUGAAAUGUGGGCUCAAAAGAAACCUUAAUGAAUGGAAGAGUUAUUUUACAUGCUGUUGCUUUUGCCCAAACAGUACACUGUUUUACUGCAUAAUUCACCUCCUGUUCCACAAAUAUGUGUGGUCACACGAAACCUUUCUUUACUGGCAUUUUCCUUCUCACAGGAGAAGUCAUCUCGCUUGUCUGCAGCGUUGCUUGGUGAGGACUGUGAGAUCAGCCCAGAGCAGCUGUACGAGCUGCUACAGUAUGCAGCCCUGGGGAAACGCCACAAUGCAGCCCAGCCCAGCUGGUGCCAUGUUUAUCACCAAAGCCGUCUGGCUGGGGUUGUGGUUAUUGUUCUGCAUGAAAUGAGCCAGCUCCACUUCUACAAAUUCUAUUUACAGUUCAAACACCUCCGAAAAGUGUUCCAGCAUGUAAGUCCCUGCACUGCUGUCUACUAAAAUUCUUCCAGUGCUGAAGCUGUGCCCUGGUUACUGCUUGCCGCUGCUUGCUUGAGACUGUGGCCUUUCCAGCAGGAAGCGGCCACCUUUGAUUGCUCACCAAGUGAAUGAGAGCAUCUCUCUAGGCUCUGACAGCUCAAGCUGAGGCCAGGGCUGCAGUGUGAGAAACAGAUUUUCAAGGCUUAGAUCUCUGCAGCCUUACCAGGUGAAAUGUCUAUGCUGUGGCAUUUCAGUCCUCAAUGCUUCUGACUUCUUCAGGCUGCCUGGGAGAUUAAAAAUACCUCUGCUGAUUUGAAAU